AUGCAUCAUUGCCUAUGGAAAUAUAUCAUAGUUGCUGUGUCCUUAAUCUUCCUGAACUUCUUCCUCCAAAAGAAUAAUGAAGAGCAUCUUACAUAUAACUUAUCAUUGGAGGAAAAGAAGAAAAUACUGUGGCAGUUCAAUCAGAAGCAAAUCAGCUCUGAACGUAAGAACCAUCUGGCGACCUUCAAGGACAUGCAGAAACCCUCCCCUUUACUCCAACGGGCCAACUACAAAUUCCUGGCUGGAUCCCCUCCCCAGGAAAAGAAGCUGCUGACGGUGGGGAUUUCCUCAGAGCAGCACCCUCAUGGGAGCUACCUCUUGGACACCUUGCAGUCCCUUUUCCAAGCUUCUUCAGAACCUGAGCUGAAUUGUAUCGUAGUGUUGGUCCACCUGUCAGAUCCUGAUCCCGAAUGGCUCAGCCAAACAGUUGCCAAUAUUUCAAGCCUCUUCAAACCACACAUUGAGGCCCAGAAGCUGCUCGUGAUCCAUGGUAGUCUCAGUGACUCUCCUCUCCCAGGAGAUCUGAAUAACGUUAGUCACACCUCACCCUGUGAAGCACAUUAUUCCAGGCAGAAAGUCAAUUAUGCCCUCCUCAUGAACUUUGCUCUCAACCUUUCUGAAUACUUUCUGAUGAUAGAAGAUUAUGUUCACUGCACCCCCAAAUUUAUUUCUACCAUCUAUUGGGUAUUAUCAGCCUGGAAAGAACUACCUUGGGUGAUCCUAGAGUUCUCCAGCCUGAGCCUCUCUGGGAAAGUUUUCCACAACAGUGACCUCUCUCGCCUGACCUCUUUCUUUCUCCUUUUCCAUGAGAACAUUCCCAUUCAUUUGUUUCUCUCUGAAUUCCGUCUACUCUUGGCCCAAAAUGUUCCAAUUCGUUUCAGUCCCUCGGUCUUCUACCACAUGGGCAAUUAUUCUCUGUUUGAGGACACCUGCUUUCUUGUGGAGAAGGAAGAGGUCUUUGAUGAACCAGACAACCCUGUUGCCAACGUCCUCACUGACAUGAUGGCAGAACUGAAUAUUAUUCCACAGUACGCUUAUAUUCUGAACAAGGAGUGCUACUCUGUCCUCAAUCCUAUAGAAGGCAACUACCUGACAGUGAUUUUGGAGAAGCCACAAAAAGUCAUCCGGAUAGAGGUGCUGACAGGUUCUGACAAACAAGGGCUGUACUGGCUACAGCAGGGACAAGUGGAACUUGGCUAUGAUCCCUUGGAGGAUUCCAGAGGCUGCACCCGCUAUACCCUACUAGGUCCACUGGUGGAAGGACAUUUGGACCAGAGGGUAUUUUAUGAAGAAGAUUCUGUGGAGGAGUUGAGUUGUAUACGAUUGAUUGUGCUAGCAUCUCAAAAGUCUUGGCUCCUGAUCAGGCAGAUCAGAGUCUGGACUCAGAAUGAGGAAGAGGAGAGUUAG